AUGAGAGACGAGUACAAAAGAAGAACAGGUUCACGUCCGGAAAAAUGUUGUGACAAACAUCAAACUUUAGAUGAUAAAGGCGGACUUACGAAAAUGUGUUUACUAAAGAAUUUCCAAGAUGUCACGAACAACAGAACUAUCCUGUUCAUAAUAGUACUGUUGUCUUUGAAGUUGUGUAGUCCGCAAGAUCUUAACGAAGAAUUUGUGAAUGAGGAAAGUGUAGAUGCUUCGGAUUUGAGUAUGGUACCAGUGACUAAAGUGCAGUUACCGGGGAACGCAGGCCCAUGUAGGCUUAGCGAACUGUUAUGUGAUACUGGACAAUGUAUAUCAUUAGACAAGUAUUGUAACGGUGAGGACGACUGUGGUGAUAAGAGUGACGAGCCGAAAUUGUGUACACAUAAGCUUCUUUUAUUUGCUCAAAGGCCGCAAAAGUUCACAAGUCCGAUAUACCUUCUGAAGUUUUUAAAUAUUAUUACCGUCUUGAGUCUAGCUGACAACAAGAAUCCUAAGCCUAUGCUGACAUUUUGA